AUGAAAGAACCAGAAGAAUUUGACCUCAAGAAGCUCUUUCAAGGUUCGAGAGAGUAUGAGAUCCUUAGCAAACUUACAUGCAAGACUGUUGAACAUUUAACUUGUACGAUAUGCCAGGAUUUAAUGAUCAUACCAUUUGUCACAUCGUGCGGACAUAGCUUUUGCUAUGGAUGUAUUUACGAAUGGCUUAGGAAAAGGCCAAGAACCUGUCCAAUAUGCCGAACCACAGUCCAAGCGGAACCCAUACCAAAUCAUUCGCUCAGAAAUAUCCUCAGUCAGUUCAUAGAAACGUGCUUAGAAAUAUUUCCAGAGGUUGCUGACACCGUUAAAACAAUUCAUGCUCAACAGACGGAGCUCUUUGAGAAAGAUUCUAAAAACAAAGCUUCUUUGUUUGGAUCAAUAUUUCAAAACAAAGGCUAUGCCGUCUAUGAUACUGACGACGGUGUUACUCGUUGUUCUGAGUGUCAUUGGGAGGUUCAUGGCUCUUUGUGCUUGAAUUGUGGCCGAGAACUAAUAAACCGACAAAGCGCAGGCGAUGAAAGUUUGGAAGACGAUUCCGAGGGCGAUGCAGUUUCUAUUGUUGAGGAGGACAGUAUCCUAGAUGAAGACGAAUCAGAGUCAGAUUUUGACGACUUUGUUGAUCACAGAGAUUUACACGCUAUCUUAAACGAAGAGGCACAAGAUGAAAGAGGGGUUGAUUCGGAAUCGGAGGGAUCAAGUGAUGAAGAUUUUGGCCACAACUACGGAAGUAGUAGAAGAGCGGUGGUUGAAAUCAGUGAUGAAGAUGAAGAUACAGAUACAGACAGCAGAGACGAGGACAGUGACAAUGAGCCAGUGACUCAAUCUGUUCAUUGCUCUAGCCGUGCUAUUCCUGAUGAUAGUUCUUCUGAACUUUCAAGCUUGGAAUACAUGGAACGGGAGUUUGAUGUAUGGAACGGAUUCAGCGACUCAGAGUAA